GUUUGUGUGUUUCUGUGUGCGGGUGUGCGUGCCAGCGUGCCUGUAUGCGCGCGUGAGUGUGCGUGAGACACGCGCCCAGACCCAAAAGCUAAAGAAAACAAAUUUGCACACAACAGCCUCAAAAUAUUCGAUAACAAAAUUCUUACCGAAGCAUCCAAAGCGCCCCUCAGGGCUGUCGCGCUGGCGUCAUUUCUGGGCGACGGUUUUGCCGCCCUCGGUACCAGAGCACCACCGGUCAAGGAUCUAAUGGCGUUCGGCGCUGUGCUUCACAACAAUCAGCACAAUAUAGGACGCAGCGAACCGCCGGUCGGCGUGGGCGAUCCUUGUGCUGGCUGCAAUAAACCCAUACUGGAUAAAUUCCUGCUCAACGUCCUCGAGCGGGCAUGGCACGCCUCCUGCGUCCGUUGCUGUGAAUGCCUCCAGCCGCUGACGGAUAAAUGCUUUAGUCGCGAAGGCAAACUAUAUUGUCGCAAUGAUUUCUUCAGGCGCUACGGCACAAAGUGCAGCGGUUGCGGACAGGGAAUCGCACCCUCGGAUCUGGUUCGUAAGCCUCGAGACAAGGUGUUCCAUUUGAAUUGCUUCACGUGCUGCAUUUGCCGCAAGCAGCUGAGCACCGGGGAGCAGCUCUACGUGCUGGACGACAAUAAGUUUAUCUGCAAGGACGAUUAUCUGCUGGGCAAAGCGCCCUCUUGCGGACAUAACUCACUGAGCGAUUCAUUAAUGGGCUCCGCGAGCGAAGACGAAGACGACGAUGAUCCGCCACAUUUGCGCGGACCACCACUCGGCUUGGGCGUGCUCGGCCCCAAUGGACCAGACUCAGCGGGUGGACCACUGGGCACAUCCGAUAUAUCAGUACAAAGCAUGAGCACCGAUAGUAAAAAUACGCAUGACGAUUCGGAUCAGGGGUCCUUGGAUGGUGAUCCCGAUGGACGCGGCGAUUCUCAGGCGGAGAACAAAAGUCCCGACGACGCGAACGGCUCAAAGAGACGCGGACCCCGAACCACGAUCAAGGCCAAACAGCUGGAGGUACUGAAAACGGCUUUCAAUCAGACACCGAAACCGACACGGCAUAUUAGAGAGCAACUGGCCAAGGAAACGGGAUUGCCCAUGCGCGUGAUACAGGUCUGGUUCCAGAACAAACGGUCCAAGGAGCGUCGCAUGAAACAAAUAACCAGCAUGGGCCGACCCCCGUUCUUUGGUGGAGCACGCAAAAUGCGUGGCUUCCCCAUGAAUCUGUCGCCGGGCGGCCUAGACGAUGGUCCCGGCUUUCCCUAUUUUGCAGCAGACGCUAAGUUCGAGUUCGGUUAUGGUGGACCCUUCCAUCCGCACGACGGGCCCUUCUUUCCGGGACAUCCGGGCGGACCCAUGCCCUUCAAUGCGCCAGGCGGUCCCAUGGAUCACAGCGGUCCCAUACCCAUGGUCAAUGAGUUUGGCCUGACGCCCGAGUCGACGUUUCUGAGUCAGGCGGGCGCACCGCCCAUGCAGCUGCAGACGGCUGUGGGGCCGCCUCCGCCGCCCCAAACGGCAGCGGAACAUUUGUUGGCCGCUCAGCAACAGGCGGCAGCGCAGCAACAACAGCAGCAGCAACAGCAACAACAACAGCAGGCGGCACAGAAUGCUCAGCAGUCAAGCCAAACGCCGCAACAGCAACAGCAACAAAAUGGCCCGCGCACCGCUUCACCCGAAUUCAUGAGCUCGGCGAAUUUCAGUGAACCGCAGAAUAUGCAAAACGAAGGGCUUGUUUGGUAAUAUACAAAACAGUUGGCAACGCGCUUGCUGUUUCUCAAGACAUACACUCAGCAGCAACAGCAACAACAGCAGCAGCAAGAACAACAACAACACCAAUCUGCCGCAUUUGAGGAGUAACGCGCGUUUGCAACAACAACAACAACAAGAACAGUAACAACAACAACAACAAUUAUAGAAUGACAACAACUAGAACAAGAG